CACACACGGGGAGCUGCGGGGGAGGCGAGGCCAAGGGCGUGCAGCGAAGCGAGCAGAGCGAGGGCCAGGGCCGGCCGCGGGCCUGGGGACGGGCCGGGGACAGCGGGCGGCUCCAGGAAUCAGAGGAAGAAGAACACAUUAUUAUUUUGGCUGAAGUGCUCAGCUUCAAGACUUCACUUUGUUCCUCACAGCUUUGAGGGAUAUGAAGCCAAUUGGAAAAGUGCUUUGUGCUACAGGGGCUGUAGCUAGGCUCAUAACUUUCUUCUGGAAAGAUGACUUCAACCCAGAGAGCCUGUCUGGUGCCCGUGUUCUCGUAACUGGAGCCAGUGCUGGGAUUGGAGAGCAGAUAGCAUAUCAUUAUGCCAGAUUUGGGGCUGAAAUUGUGUUGACUGACAUAAGGGAAGCUGUGCUGCAGAAGGUGGUGGAGAAAUGCCUGACACUUGGAGCAAAGAAAAUAUUUUAUAUCGCUGCAGAUAUGUCUUCCCCUUCAGAGCCUGAAAAGGUGGUUCAAUUUGCUGUCCAAAAGCUGGGGGGCCUGGACUACCUCGUGUUGAACCACGCCGGCACCAACCGCUUCCAGGAGUGGGCUGGAGAUGUGGAAUACACCCGCUGGCUCAUGCAGGUGAAUUUUUUUAGUUAUGUGGCUCUUGCAACAGCAGCUCUUCCCACCCUGGAGAAGAACAGAGGUGCUCUGGUGGUUGUUUCUUCCCUCACAGGGAAAAUCCCCACUCCAUUCACCACUUCUUACUCUGCCACCAAGUUUGCACUGGAUGGAUUUUUCAGUUCACUGCGCCAUGAGCUCAUCAUGCAGAAGAAAGAUGUGUCUGUCACACUCUGCAUCCUGGGCCUGAUUGAUACUGAGUCAGCAUUGGAGUGCACCAGGGGCAAAGUGCAGCUCAGAGCCUCCCCCGCUCCCGAGGCCGCGCUCGCCAUCGUCCGGGGCGGAGCCACCCGGGCGCACGAGAUUUUCUACCCGCGGUGGCUGCAGCAGCUCCGCUGCCUCUGGGCUCUGUUCCCCAGCAGCGGGAACAGCGUGCUACGGUCUUUCUAUAACUACAGCAGUCCCUGAGGGGUGCCCAGUCUCAUCCUAUAGCCCUUCUAAUCACAUUCCUGCCGUCCCACUAAGCAUCCCACUCAACCACUGGUGUCAAGCAGGAGCAGGGCAGCAGUGGUGGCAAAGUCCCCUUUUCCUAACAGACUCAUGGUCUGUCAUCGUGCUUCAACCACGGUUCUGCUGCUGCUACCCAUCAGUCAGAGACCUUUCCCGUUGUUCACUCUGCCUUAGCCCUCCUCCCAUCUCCCCUCCUCCUUCAGCCUCACCUGUCUCCUUUGACUGCAUCCAGCCUUUGCUCAGCCCCAGCUUUAACCCCUCCCUGUCUGUCUGCACAGGAUGUCCUGGAAUGGCUGUACAUUCCUGGGAUAUCCUCCUCCACUACUUCAUUUUAGAUUCCCCUUGCUUCCUCUAAGUAGAAUUUUUAUCUCUAUUUUAUAAUAAACAAGUUUUUAA